AUGGAGAGUGUCGCAAAGGCAGCAACAAACUUAAGCAAUCGAAUAACCAAAUCAGAACUUGAGCUUCUUAUAAUAGAUUGCACAACAGAUGACGACAACACCCCACCAAAAAAUGUUCAACUUGCAAUUGCACAAAGAACGACUUCUGGAACAGAUAUCGAAACUAUUAUGAAAUCGCUUUACGAAAAUCUAAAUCCUACCUUUAAAAAAAAUCAUAAUAAAAAAAUAAAUAAAUUUAAAUUUCAAAAAACAAAAUUAGCUCAAAAAAUGUAAGAGCUCCUGAUAGAGAAUGGAGAAAAAUAAAUAAAACUUUAGGCUUAAUCCACACACUCCUUUUAUCAGGAAGCCACCAACUAGUAGGCGAGCUGAAAAACUCCUUACACAUCUUAAGAGGAUUUGAGUCAUUCAGCUAUAGGGAAAAUGGAAUUAUUGAAAGAGGAGGCACUAUAAGAGAUAAAGCGCGUCAAAUCAACUAUCUUUUAUCAAAUAGUGGAAUUCUUGAAGAAGAAAGAGGAGAAUCAACAAGACUCCCAGAAAGGCAUGCACCCUCAUCACAAGCGCAAUAUAAUUCGUAUGAACCUAGAAAUGAAAGCCACAAUUAUCAAGCACCUUCCAAUGAAAGGAUUGAUAAAGGAUUUGACCAAAUUUUCGGAAAUCAAAGCAGCGCUGCAGAAAUUAGACAAAGAAAUACUAGAAUGAAUGCAAUAUCAAGCGAAAAUAGAGGAAAUCACCCUCAAAGGCAAGAACAAAGAAUUCCUUCAAAUGGAAAUUCUUGGCCAGCGCAAGAGAUUCAAGGCCAGCCAUCACAUGAUAUUUUUGCUCCUUUGCCUGCACGAAGGUCAGAUCAUUAUCAGCAGAGAAAUGUGGUGAAUGAGGUCGAAUUAAUUCAAGACGAAGAAGAAAAUCACCAAAUGCAAAGUGAUUUGAUAGCAGAUAGCAAUUUUCAAGGAAAUGCUAACCAUGAGCCAUUUCAAAAGCCAAACGAUAUUUUUCAGCCGAUUCCGACUCAUUUCCAAAAGCCCCAGGCUGGAAACCACAAUUUCCCUCCUAUUCCUCAAGAACAAAAAAAGCCAAUGGGUGAUGUUUUUCAGCCAAUUCAUAAGCCUCCUCCUACGAAAGUGCAAACAAAUAAUUUUCAGCCAAUUACUCAGACAGCUCCAAAACAAGUAAUUUCUCCUUCAAAGCAGCAAGGAAGCUUAUUUAAAGACUUAAAUACAAAAUCUCCUCCAUCAGCUCCUAAGUCAAGCUGGGAGCAAGAAAUUUCAAAUUUAUCUCUUAAUCCUCAAUCCCAAACUCUUUCUCAACCAAAAUUUCAAGCCAUUCCAGAGUUUCCAUCUGUUUCUAUUUCCCAGAAUAUCCCAGCACAUCCCACAAUUCCAUCUAGUCAAAAUAUCCCAGAUCUAUUUCAGCCUUUGCCGCAGCCCAGUAAUAUUCAAUCCUCCUAUGUGCAGCCAACUCAACCGUUGUCUCCUGCGAAAUCUAAUUCUCAUAUAAAGGUUUCUCACAAUUUAGAUACUACUUCUGGGGUUUCUAUCAGCCAGCUUAAGCUUAGCCCUUCUCUUGUUCAAUCUCAAGCUCCUCAAACUCAGCAGAAGACAGAAAAACCAAGAAAUUUGGAAGAUGCUUUGUUAGGGUUAGAAGAGCUUUCAUCUUCUUUGUCAACUUCAAAAGAAAAAGAGCAGAAGCCAGCAAGAAGUCUAGGGUACUAUUAA